AUGGAUGAGUAUGUAAGAAUUGGAGAAACCACAACAAUAAAGAGCAUGAAAUUUUUUGUCAAAGCGGUAAUCUUGAUCUUUGGAGAUGAGUACUUGCGAUCUCUAAAUAGCAAUGACAUUGCUAGAUUGCUAACAGUCGGUGAGAAACAGGGAUUUCCAGAACUUGCUGAAGGUCAUGCUCCUAAAGUUAACUACUCAAUCAAUGGCCACGAUUAUACUAUGGGAUAUUAUCUUGCAGAUGGAAUCUAUCCUGCAUGGUCUACAUUUGUCAAAACCAUUCCAACACCACAAGGUCGUAAAAGGCAAUUGUUUGCAUUGACUCAAGAAUCUACGAGGAAGGAUGUCAAGCGAGCAUUUGGAGUUCUACAGGCACGCUUUGCAAUUGUUCGUGGACCAACACGAUAUUUUUGUCAAUCUGUACUAAAAGAUAUUAUGAUGGCCUGCAUAAUAUUACACAACAUGAUCGUUGAGGAUGAAAGAGAUUCUUACCUUAGAGCACAUGACUUUGAUUAUGACCAAGAAGAUGAUACAAACCUAGAACCAAUUUCCCGUUAUCCCACUUCUCAAUUUGUGGAUUUCCUUCAAUGCCAUCACGGCAUUAGAAACAAAGAAACUCAUUCACAACUACAAGUUGACCUUAUUGAACAUCAAUGGAUGCUACGAGGUGAAGAGUGA